GAGAGUUAAAAGAGAUCCUGUUAAUGAGGGUUGUUCUAAGUAUGAUUCUUAUAGUCAUCCUUAUAUGAUUCUCUAAAGAUCUCAGGUUGUGUGUCUCGUGAUUAACUACAAUAAGUACCUCCUAAAGUAGCACCACUGAGACAUGUGCAGUCAGUGAUGAGGUAUGAGGUAUGUAGAGCUGAGACCCGGACCCCUCAUCAGCUGAUCCUGCAGGAGAGCCUUCUUCAUUCCUGUAGGGUUGCAUGAUGCUGCAUAUUGAGGGAGAGAAAGGGUGGAGCUGCUGGUGUCUCUAAUCUCACACCAUCUGUCCCUCUGGAAGAGGAGGAAGAGGAAGAGGCUCCUCCCUCUGCAGCCUGCGCCGGUCUGUGUGAAGCUGAGCUCCGGAGGAAGAGGAAGCUCAGAGAGAGGAUGCUAAGUAGAGACUAAACACAUGGCAGUCUGCAGCUCCUCCUGCUGCACCUCCUGCAUGCUGUGACUGCAGCUCCAUCCAACAGGAGGAGAGGCGGGGAUGCAGAGAUCCUCUGCGGGGAGGAGGAGGCUACAGCAGGGAUCCACAGCACCGAGCCCCCGCUGAGAGACAGAGCACAGACUACCGGUAAAUAUCAAGAUGGGAGACCAGGUGUCAAAGCGUGUGAAGCAGCUGGGCUCCUCGGAGAUGGAGGAGCAGAGGUCCUUCCAGAACCCGAACCCGGACUACUCGGACCAGGGGGGGUCAAGUUCUGGUGCUGAGGGGGGAGGCAACGAGCCGCUGGACGAGGAGGGGAAGGUGAGCGCGUUCUUCCAGAAGAAAGUCCAGAGUAAAAUCAAAGACUUGCUGCAGCAGAUGGAGGAGGGUCUGAAGACGGCCGACCCUCACGACUUCUCCACCUACACCGGCUGGACAGGCAUCGCGCUGCUGUACCUGCAGCUGCACCGCGGCUCGCAGGACGCCUCCCACCUGCAGAGGGCGCUGGACUACGUGAAGAGGACCCUAAGGAUCCUCAACGGACGUAAGGUCACCUUCCUGUGCGGGGACGCCGGGCCCCUCGCUGUGGGGGCCGUGGUGCACCACAAACUUGGAAGCAAUGCAGAGAGCCAGGACUGCCUGAACAGGCUGGUGCAGCUGCAGCGCUCAGUUCUCGGGGACUCGGACCUCCCCGACGAGCUGCUGUACGGCCGCGCUGGGUUCCUGUUCGCUCUCCUCUACGUCAACAGAGAGAUGGGAGAGAACACCGUGGAGGAGAGCACCAUCAGCCAGGUGGUGUCAGCGAUCCUGGACUCCGGUAAGAGUCUGUCUCUGGAGCAGAAGAAGACGGAGCGCUGUCCUCUGCUGUACGAAUGGCACCAGAAGCAGUACAUCGGAGCGGCCCACGGGCUCGCCGGAAUCUUCUAUAUGCUCAUGCAGCCCGGAGCGGGGGUCCCGCCCGACAUCCUGCAGGAGUCGGUCCGGCCCAGCAUCGAUUACGUCCGCCACAAGAAGUUCCGCUCAGGGAAUUUCCCGUCGUCUCUGAGCAACGAGAGCGACCGGCUGGUGCACUGGUGCCACGGAGCGCCGGGGGUCGUACACACACUCCUCCUGGCCUACAAGGUGUUCAAGGAGGAGAAGUACCUGAAGGAGGCGGCAGACUGUGCGGAGGUCAUCUGGCAGAGAGGUCUCCUGAGGAAGGGGUACGGACUCUGCCACGGAACCGCAGGCAACGGGUACGCCUUCCUGUCGCUCUACAAGCUGACCAAGGAGAAGAAGUACCUGUACCGUGCCUGCAAGGAAGCAGCUCGAUCUCCAGAACGAAAGCCUCCUGCAACAGCACCCCCUCUCAGAUGGAUCUAUUGUUCAUCCUGCAUCCUCCAGAAGUUUGCAGAGUGGUGUCUGGCCUACGGGACACACGGCUGCCGGAUCCCGGACCGACCCUACUCUCUGUUCGAAGGUAUGGCGGGGACCGUGUACUACCUGUCGGAGCUGGAAGACCCCGAGUCCGCCUGCUUCCCCGCCUUCGAGCUCUGACCUGCUGGGGAGGAAGAGGAAGAUGAAGAGGAGGAGAAAACUAAAUGUGGACACGUAAAGGAAGUGAUGGUGAUGCAGAUAUUCUAGAGUGAGUAAAGACUGAAGGACUCUGGUUAGGGUUUGCUUUAUUGAAACGAUGAGGAAGAAGAGGAUUCAUGUAGGACUGAAUAAAGAUCCUGCUGGACUGAGGAAGACGAUGGUGAAGAUGGACUCUGAUCACAGCAGAGCUUUGGAGAAGAAAGACAGGAUGAAUCUCCAGCUGGAAGAACUCACUCUGUGUGUGUGUGUGUGUGUGUGUGUGUGUGUGUGUGUGUGUGUGUGUGUGUGUGUGUGUGUGUGUGUGUGUGUGUGUGUGUGUGUGUGUGUGUGUGUGUGUGUGUGUGUGUGUGUGUGUGUGUGUGUGUGUGUGUGUGUGUGUGUGUGUGUGUGUGUGUGUGUGUGUGUGUGUGUGUGUGUGUGUGUGUGUGUGUCAGCGGAACGAUGGGAAUGAGCUAACAUUCAUUCUGUUGCAUGACUUUGCUGAAGGAGAAAUCAUCAGUCUUUUAUUUUGCUGAAAUAUUUGGUUAGCUUAGACUCUGUGACCCACAAAGGUAAAUACAAAUGAGGUCAUUUGAUCCUUCUUUUAUUUUGCAUAUGUUCAGGUUAAUUGACAGGUUGUUGACCCUCUGAGCUGUGCAGAGCAGGCGUUGUUCAUAAAUCCGUGUGAUAAAUGGUUCAGUGUUUAAUGUGCUUUAAGUGCUCACACGUCGUCCUGUGGAUGGAAGAUGUUUCCGUGUAGAGUGAAAAUAAAUGGUCCUUAAAUGCUUAAAAGAAA